AUGCGGCCACUUAAGUUAAUUAAUUUAGUGGCUCUAGCUGCCCGAGUAUUGGCAGUUACAACAACCAUCACAAGCACAAGCACAAAUCCUGCUACUAGUAUCUCUCAAGUUAGUGCAGACGUUUGGGUCGUGGAGACAAACGGAGCAUUAGUAUUGCCAACAAUUCUGUAUUUGAGUACGGGAAGCAACUUCAUAAACUAUGGUGACUUCAUUUUAGGAGCCAAUGCCGGCGCAACGGUCAUCAUGAAUUCGUUAACGAAUCAAGCGGAAGGUGACGUUGAAAUCACUGGAGCUGCAGCCAUGACAUUUCAAAACUCUAAUACUUUCAAUAACUUUGGAACUUGGACCAUGAGUUCUGCGGGCAACAUGGUCACUACAAUGUCAGGAUCCACAUACACUUUCACGAACACUGGUACGUUCACUAUCUCUACACCAGGCACGAUCACAGCGACUAUUUCAAAAGCGUUCGUAAACUCGGGAGAUUUCAAAUUCAAGUCCACCAGUACGGGAACUUAUACAAUUUCAGGUAAAGUUACGAACCUGGGCACUUUGGUUGUGAAUUCCGGAGGAACUAGUGACUCACUCACUAUCUCUGCUGCCUUCACCAAUACCGGCUACUUCGUGUAUAAUUAUGGCCUGAACAGUGACAGAGCCGUUUCGUUAAAUGCCAAUUUAAAUAAUGAAGGUGGUAUCAUAAAUAUCUAUGGUACCUCGAAUACGGCUUUAGGACUGGCCACGGCGUCCUAUCCUACUAUCGAUAAUUAUGGUGCUAUUUGUCUUCGGCAUACCACAUAUGCACAGAAAUAUUAUAUCACGGGAACUGGAUGUUGGUUGCUUGCGCAGGGGGCAACAAUGACAUUAGCACAGAACACUGCAACCACUGCUUUCCCUAGUACUCAAUCUAUUGUAUUCCAGGACUCCUCUGCAUACAUCAUCGCGACGCAAUUUGGAACAUCAACAAUCGUCCCACUCUACGGUAUUACUAGUGGACACACAUUUUUCCAAUCAAGUUUCCCUAUUACCGCUGUCAGCUAUGAUACAAGUGCUGGUAACUUGGCAAUUACUGCGCAGACCUCGGUAGGCAUUACCCGUUUCAACACUUACCUAGUGGGGUUUGGAUACACGCCAAGUGGUUUUACAUUCCUGGGAAACAGCGUCACGUACACAGGCACCAAUCCAGGGAACAAGCCACCUAGUAUUUGUAGAUGUGUACCGGGCUCAGAUUCAUCAUCAUCCAGUGAAUCAUCGAGUUCCAGUUCUUCAUCUUCUAGAGGAUCAUCUUCCAGCGAGAGUUCAAGUUCCAGCGAGAGUUCAUUCUCCAGCGAGAGUUCAAUCUCCAGCGAGAGUUCAAGUUCCAGCGAGAGUUCAAGUUCCAGCGAGAGUUCAAGUUCCAGCGAGAGUUCGAGUUCCAGUGAAACAUCAUCCAGUGAAACAUCAUCCAGCGAGAGUUCGAGUUCCAGCGAGAGUUCGAGUUCCAGUGAAUCAUCAUCCAGUGAAACAUCAUCCAGCGAGAGUUCGAGUUCCAGCGAGAGUUCAAGUUCCAGUGAAUCAUCACCCAGUGAAACAUCAUCCAGCGAGAGUUCGAGUUCCAGCGAGAGUUCAAGUUCCAGCGAGAGUUCGAGUUCCAGUGAAUCAUCAUCCAGUGAAUCAUCAUCCAGUGAAUCAUCAUCCAGUGAAUCAUCAUCCAGUGAAUCAUCAUCCAGCGAGAGUUCAAUCUCCAGCGAGAGUUCAAUCUCCAGCGAGAGUUCAAUCUCCAGCGAGAGUUCAAUCUCCAGCGAGAGUUCAAUCUCCAGCGAGAGUUCAAUCUCCAGCGAGAGUUCAAUCUCCAGCGAGAGUUCAAUCUCCAGCGAGAGUUCAAUCUCAAGCGAGAGUUCAAGUUCCAGCGAGAGUUCGAGUUCCAGUGAAACAUCAUCCAGUGAAUCUUCAUCCAGCGAGAGUUCAAUCUCCAGCGAGAGUUCAAGUUCCAGCGAGAGUUCGAGUUCCAGUGAAUCAUCAUCCAGUGAAUCAUCAUCCAGCGAGAGUUCAAUCUCCAGCGAGAGUUCAAGUUCCAGCGAGAGUUCGAGUUCCAGUGAAUCAUCAUCCAGUGAAUCAUCAUCCAGCGAGAGUUCAAUCUCCAGCGAGAGUUCAAGUUCCAGCGAGAGUUCAAAUUCCGGCGAGAGUUCGAGUUCCAGUGAAACAUCAUCCAGUGAAUCUUCAUCCAGCGAGAGUUCAAUCUCCAGCGAGAGUUCGAGUUCCAGCGAGAGUUCGAGUUCCAGUGAAACAUCAUCCAGUGAAUCAUCAUCCAGUGAAUUUUCAUCCAGCGAGAGUUCAAGCUCCAGUGAAUCAUCAUCCAGUGACUCAUCUUUUAAUGAGAGUUCAAGUUCGAUUGAAUCAUUGGGUUCCUCUACGGAGACUGCGACUGAAGACGAGUCUUCUGAAUUUGCGGAGAGUGGAACUUCAUCAGCAGAGAGUCUUGCAAAAUUCACCACCACCUGGACAGUGACUAAUGCAGAUGACUCAAUUGAAACUCAUUCUGGAGUGGUUAUCGUCAGCACCAAUGCAGCUGGCUCAUGGUACACGACCACUACUGAAUUUGCGGAGAGUGGAACUUCAUCAGCAGAGAGUCUUGCGAAAUUCACCACCACCUGGACAGUGACUAAUGCAGGUGACUCAGUUGAAACUCAUUCUGGAGUGGUUAUCGUCAGCACCAAUGCAGCUGGCUCAUGGUACACGACCACUUCUGAAUUUGCGGAGAGUGGAACUUCAUCAGCAGAAAGUCUUGGGGAAUACACCACCACCUGGACAGUGACUAAUGCAGAUGACUCAAUUGAAACUCAUUCUGGAGUGGUUAUCGUCAGCACCAAUGCAGCUGGCUCAUGGUACACCACCACCUCUGAAUUUGCGGAGAGUGGAACUUCAUCAGCAGAAAGUCUUGGGGAAUACACCACCACCUGGACAGUGACUAAUGCAGAUGACUCAAUUGAAACUCAUUCUGGAGUGGUUAUCGUCAGCACCAAUGCAGCUGGCUCAUGGUACACGACCACCUCUGAAUUUGCGGAGAGUGGAACUUCAUCAGCAGAGAGUCUUGCAAAAUUCACCACCACCUGGACAGUGACUAAUGCAGAUGACUCAAUUGAAACUCAUUCUGGAGUGGUUAUCGUCAGCACCAAUGCAGCUGGCUCAUGGUACACGACCACUUCUGAAUUUGCGGAGAGUGGAACUUCAUCAGCAGAAAGUCUUGGGGAAUACACCACCACCUGGACAGUGACUAAUGCAGAUGACUCAGUUGAAACUCAUUCUGGAGUGGUUAUCGUCAGCACCAAUGCAGCUGGCUCAUGGUACACGACCACCUCUGAAUUUGCGGAGAGUGGAACUUCAUCAGCAGAGAGUCUUGCAAAAUUCACCACCACCUGGACAGUGACUAAUGCAGAUGACUCAGUUGAAACUCAUUCUGGAGUGGUUAUCGUCAGCACCAAUGCAGCUGGCUCAUGGUACACCACCACCUCUGAAUUUGCGGAGAGUGGAACUUCAUCAGCAGAGAGUCUUGCAAAAUUCACCACCACCUGGACAGUGACUAAUGCAGAUGACUCAAUUGAAACUCAUUCUGGAGUGGUUAUCGUCAGCACCAAUGCAGCUGGCUCAUGGUACACGACCACUUCUGAAUUUGCGGAGAGUAGAAGUUCAUCAGCAGAGAGUCUUGCGAAAUUCACCACCACCUGGACAGUGACUAAUGCAGAUGACUCAGUUGAAACUCAUUCUGGAGUGGUUAUCGUCAGCACCAAUGCAGCUGGCUCAUGGUACACCACCACUUCUGAGUUCUCACGGAGUCUUGCAGCUGUAGAGUUUACGACUACCUGGACAGUGACUAAUGCAGAUGACUCAAUUGAAACUCAUUCUGGAGUGGUUAUCGUCAGCACCAAUGCAGCUGGCUCAUGGUACACCACCACUUCUGAAUUUGCGGAGAGUGGAACUUCAUCAGCAGAAAGUCUUGGGGAAUACACCACCACCUGGACAGUGACUAAUGCAGAUGACUCAAUUGAAACUCAUUCUGGAGUGGUUAUCGUCAGCACCAAUGCAGCUGGCUCAUGGUACACCACCACUUCUGAGUUCUCACGGAGUCUUGCAGCUGUAGAGUUUACGACUACCUGGACAGUGACUAAUGCAGAUGACUCAGUUGAAACUCAUUCUGGAGUGGUUAUCGUCAGCACCAAUGCAGCUGGCUCAUGGUACACGACCACUUCUGAAUUUGCGGAGAGUAGAAGUUCAUCAGCAGAGAGUCUUGCGAAAUUCACCACCACCUGGACAGUGACUAAUGCAGGUGACUCAAUUGAAACUCAUUCUGGAGUGGUUAUCGUCAGCACCAAUGCAGCUGGCUCAUGGUACACCACCACUUCUGAGUUCUCACGGAGUCUUGCAGCUGUAGAGUUUACGACUACCUGGACAGUGACUAAUGCAGAUGACUCAAUUGAAACUCAUUCUGGAGUGGUUAUCGUCAGCACCAAUGCAGCUGGCUCAUGGUACACGACCACCUCUGAAUUUGCGGAAAGUGGAAGUUCAUCAGCAGAGAGUCUUGCGAAAUUCACCACCACCUGGACAGUGACUAAUGCAGAUGACUCAAUUGAAACUCAUUCUGGAGUGGUUAUCGUCAGCACCAAUGCAGCUGGCUCAUGGUACACGACCACCUCUGAAUUUGCGGAGAGUGGAACUUCAUCAGCAGAGAGUCUUGCAAAAUUCACCACCACCUGGACAGUGACUAAUGCAGAUGACUCAAUUGAAACUCAUUCUGGAGUGGUUAUCGUCAGCACCAAUGCAGCUGGCUCAUGGUACACCACCACCUCUGAAUUUGCGGAGAGUGGAACUUCAUCAGCAGAAAGUCUUGGGGAAUACACCACCACCUGGACAGUGACUAAUGCAGAUGACUCAAUUGAAACUCAUUCUGGAGUGGUUAUCGUCAGCACCAAUGCAGCUGGCUCAUGGUACACCACCACCUCUGAAUUUGCGGAGAGUGGAACUUCAUCAGCAGAAAGUCUUGGGGAAUACACCACCACCUGGACAGUGACUAAUGCAGAUGACUCAGUUGAAACUCAUUCUGGAGUGGUUAUCGUCAGCACCAAUGCAGCUGGCUCAUGGUACACCACCACCUCUGAAUUUGCGGAGAGUGGAACUUCAUCAGCAGAGAGUCUUGCAAAAUUCACCACCACCUGGACAGUGACUAAUGCAGAUGACUCAAUUGAAACUCAUUCUGGAGUGGUUAUCGUCAGCACCAAUGCAGCUGGCUCAUGGUACACCACCACUUCUGAGUUCUCACGGAGUCUUGCAGCUGUAGAGUUUACGACUACCUGGACAGUGACUAAUGCAGAUGACUCAGUUGAAACUCAUUCUGGAGUGGUUAUCGUCAGCACCAAUGCAGCUGGCUCAUGGUACACCACCACCUCUGAAUUUGCGGAGAGUGGAACUUCAUCAGCAGAAAGUCUUGGGGAAUACACCACCACCUGGACAGUGACUAAUGCAGAUGACUCAAUUGAAACUCAUUCUGGAGUGGUUAUCGUCAGCACCAAUGCAGCUGGCUCAUGGUACACCACCACCUCUGAAUUUGCGGAGAGUGGAACUUCAUCAGCAGAAAGUCUUGGGGAAUACACCACCACCUGGACAGUGACUAAUGCAGAUGACUCAAUUGAAACUCAUUCUGGAGUGGUUAUCGUCAGCACCAAUGCAGCUGGCUCAUGGUACACGACCACCUCUGAAUUUGCGGAGAGUGGAACUUCAUCAGCAGAAAGUCUUGGGGAAUACACCACCACCUGGACAGUAACUAAUGCGGAUGACUCAAUUGAGACUAAUUCUGGGGUUGUUGUCGUUACUACGAAUUCUGCAGGAUCUUUAUUGAGAAGCACUUCAGUUUACCCGCGUACGAUUGCGGCUGUUGCAUUUACUACCACUUGGGUUAUCACGAAUUCGGAUAACUCUGUCGAGACUCAUUCUGGUGUUGUUGCAAUUCGCACGGAUUCUGGUGGCUCAGCAUACACCACAACUUCGCAGUUUCCUGAUCCUAGUGACAUUGUUAUUUGCCGAAGAGAUGAUGGAGAUUGUAACUCAUUGACUUCGUAUAUUACGAGCUGGACCAACACGGAUGCGAGUGGAUCUGUUGAAACGAAGUCUGGUGCUGUGAUAGUUACGACAGACUCUGCCCGAUCUUGGUACACGACCACCUCUGUUUUCUUAAGCGGUCAUGAGGCUGGCACUGUCACAACUUCCUGGGCAACAACCAACUCUGAUAAUUCUGUUGAAACGCAGUCAGGUGUGGAUAUUGUGGGAACGAAUUCUGCUGGCUCUUGGUACACCUCUACUUCCGUUUUCCCACGUAGUCUUGCAGCUAGUGAGUUCACAACGAGUUGGACAGUAACAUACUCAGAUGAUUCUGUCGAAACCCAUUCGGGUGUGGUAAUUGUUACCACUGAUUCUGCUGGUUCAUUUUAUAGGACAACCUCUGAGUAUCCAGCCUUGACAUCCUUCACAAAGGUAUGGACAUCCUUAAAUCAGGAUGGUACUCCAUAUACUGUAACUGGUGUCGUCAUCGUUACUACCAAUUCCGCUGGAUCGUUCUACACGACAACUACUCAAUUUGUUGGAGAUGCGGCUACUGAAUACACCACUACCUGGACCACUACAAAUGCAAAUGGAUCUGUUCAGACUAAGUCAGGAGUUGUGAUUGUUACCACGGAUAUAGCUGGGUCAUUGUACACCACGACGUCCCAAUAUGUCGGAGAUGCGGCUACUGAAUACACCACUACCUGGACCACUACAAAUGCAAAUGGAUCUGUUCAGACUAAGUCAGGAGUUGUGAUUGUUACCACGGAUAUAGCUGGGUCAUUGUACACCACGACGUCCCAAUAUGUCGGAGAUGCGGCUACUGAAUACACCACUACCUGGACCACUACAAAUGCAAAUGGAUCUGUUCAGACUAAGUCAGGAGUUGUGAUUGUUACCACGGAUACAGCUGGGUCAUUGUACACCACGACGUCCCAAUAUGUCGGAGAUGCGGCUACUGAAUACACCACUACCUGGACCACUACAAAUGCAAAUGGAUCUGUUCAGACUAAGUCAGGAGUUGUGAUUGUUACCACGGAUACAGCUGGGUCAUUGUACACCACGACGUCCCAGUUUGCCGGAAUAGUUACCUACUAUGUCACGACAUGUGUGACAACUAAGUCAGAUGGGUCUGUCGAAACUGACUCUGGAGUUGUUCUAGUGAGCACGGAUAAAGAGGGAUCUUUGCAUACCUCAACGUCAUUGUUUGAUACUAGAGUGACCACUCAGGCAACUUCAUGGACCACGACUCUCGUUGAAAGCGUCACUACUACUGUAUUCGCUGAAAUUAUCGUUUCAACGGACGAAUCAGGAGAAUGGUUUACAACAACUUCAUUCCCUGACAAGGGUAAAUUGACAGAGUUCACAACUCAUAAUGAUAUUGGAGAGGUGGAAACUCGCAAUUAUGUAGUAAAACCUACGAAUGAUGCUCAUGGCGAUCUUGUCUUUGUUACGGUGGAGAGUGUGAUAAACGCAUCUCAGACUGUUGAACUUUACAUGACGACCCGCGCUGAUGGAGUCGUAGAGACUGUUGCUAGUGUGGAAACAAUUCCCGAUGUCACGGCUACUACGUCGCCCAAGACCAGUGCACCAAUUAGCACAACUUCAAUUGGUAUUUCGAGUGUAAAUUACUCGUUACUUGAAGGUGUUGGCUCCACGAGAACGUUUUCCUUCGGUGGAGUUGUUGGUCUUAUUGUAUUUGCAUUAAUUUAA